AGUCACGUGGGCGGUCGCUCAUUUGUUUCCGCAUCUAUCAGGACUGGAUGAAGCCGAUGAUUCGUCAGAACACACUUUAGAAAGCGAUAGUGUUUUGGAGGGAUCUUACGUCGUAUGCAGGGAAACCAACAGUGGGAAGAAAUGCCAAUUUCAAGACGACAGAGCCGGACGGAUAAUGCGUUCAGUGUUACCAGAGGAAAUCGCAACAUCUCAACUUCUAGCAUGACGUCACAAUAUAGCAUAGGGUCAAUAGGUCAUAUCAGACUAGGCUCAAUAGAUCACGACCGACAAGAGUAUAUUGGCCAGGAGAGACAUGACAGUAUUGAUGACCUCAGUGGAUGUGUGAAUCGCCGGAUGAAGCUGGCAUAUAGUACAAGCAGUGCAAGCAGUGAUACGCUGUAUGACGAUGUCCACAACGACACCUACCGGAUUGUGUCUGAUGACAAGGACGACAAUUGUAUGCGAGAUCAAGACGAAAGUGAUGAUAACGUUUUUUGUGAAACGGACAACAAGGGAAAAGACACCGGAUUCAUCUGUCUUCAGAGUGUACCCUACUCUCUUUUGUCCCCUAGAGGGUUGAGUGUCAGUACAUCUGAUGUUGGGACCCAGGAAUGUGCCCUGGAUCUCCGCCGGAAGCAUUCGAACCGAUGUAGCGACACAGACAGUGAUGGCCUACCGAUCAGGAAAAUACAUCGGCGCGUUUUUACCAAUAGCCGAGAACGAUGGAGACAGCAAAACGUCAAUGGAGCUUUUGCGGAGCUUCGCAAACUCGUUCCAACUCACCCACCAGAUAAAAAACUUAGCAAACAUGAAAUUCUUAGAUUAACAAUUCGAUAUAUAAAUCUCCUUAACAGCGUAGUAAAUUAUCAAAAUGGUGAGAUGAUUGGACAGGUGAAAACAGAAGUAGAAUGUGAUACAAGUCAUAAUGAGAGUAAAGAGGAGGAGGAUGGACACCAAGCUAUCGACUGGGACGAUGACAAAAGUCCUUUUGGAUCAUAUUAUCAUGGCGAUGAUAGUGACGAUUCUUCGUAAGACCAAGUAGCUCAAUGCGAGUAUCACAAAAUGUACCACUUUCUUUCGUUUUUCGGUCAUCGCCUCCACUGGAGUAAUACUCGGGUAUUUCCGAUUUUCUGUCGGAAUUGUACUCUAGUGUUUAUGUUGUAACGACGAAAGAAAUUUGUGAAAGAUUUGGUAGAUUAUCAUUGUAUUAUUGCCGUCAAUUGUUUAUGUUGACAGUUGAACAGUGGCGUGACAAUGCUGGAGAUUAAAAACAUAUUAUGGAAGAACCUCUUUGGUGUAUCUCCAGAGGCAAUUUUUAAUAAACGUACUUUCAUAAUAACAGCAAGCAUACAAUGACAAGGUUUUAAAUAAACAAAUCGAAAAGUUAAA